AUGGAGAACAAGAUUACUUCCUGGAGCACUACAGCUCCAGAAGCCAUUGCUGUCAUUGAUGGCGCUCGCUCUAUCUCUUAUGGCGAACUCGUCAACUCCGCCAGAAUAAUUGCACGCUUCCUGCAGGAACGCGGCGUCAAGCAAGGCGAAGCUGUGGGGAUCUUGUUCGAUGUUGAUCAUCGUCAAGUUAUCGCGCAGUUAGCCAUUCUCUUUGCUGGUGGAACUUGUGUUCCAAUCUCGCCUACAGCACCAUUUCAUCGUAUUGCAAGCAUGCUGAGCGAUGCCAACGCUCAUUACGUUGUCGCUGACGAGAAUUCAACCUUCUCUUCCGAGGGUAUCACUCAUCUUCAUCUCAGUGAUGCACCGGCCUCGGGACUGUCCACUGAUGCAGCGGACUCUGAUCCCUCAUGGAGUCAAUCACGUCGUACGCACAUACUGUUCACCUCUGGUUCAACUGGCAAGCCCAAGGGCGUCCAGAUCAGCAGCUCUGCCAUAAUGCACCUGGCAACUAGUACCCCAGUGACACCAUUGAACCCCGAAGAUCGGGUGGCUGCUUUCAACGACCCUGGCUUUGAUCUGAGCCUCUUCGAAGUCUGGGUUACUCUUCUCAGCGGUGCCACUAUCGUCAUUAUUCCAAAGGUGAUAGUAGUUGAUUCUACCGCACUGAAGAGCUAUCUCGAACGUCAAAGGAUUACCAUCAUGAUUAUGCCUGCCGCUCUUUUCCAUAUCGUCGCCAAGUCAUCACCCGACUCCUUUCACUGUCUUCGGCAUCUGCUCACUGCAGGUGAUGUUGCCAAUAAGACGGCCAUGCGUGCUGUUCUUGAGCACAGCCCUCCACAGCAUCUUUGGAACACGUAUGGCCCGACUGAGUGUACAACCCUUGUGACAAUGCAAGAAGUCGAUGUGAAGGAGACACUGCGUGACCGGAUCGGUAUUGGGCAUUCUGUUGGCCAGAUGAAGAUUGUCCUCAUGGAUCAGUCUCAGCAGGUCAUUCGCGAUACCAAGCAGCGAGGCGAGAUCUGCAUCGCUGGGCCUCAACAAACACAAGGUUAUUUGAGUCAACAGACUGGCGAUGAGUCAAUCUUCUAUGAUUUCGAUGCCCCGGGAGCUAAUGGGGUAGACGAGGACAUGCGGGAAGACCAGGGCGACUCUCACGCUCGGUAUUACCGGACUGGCGACGUGGCCGAAUGGAGGGAUGACGGCGGCGGCCUAGAUUUCAUUGGGCGUAGAGACAACCAAUUGAAGCACGGAAGCUUUCGAGUAGAACUUGAAGAGAUUGAAAGAAGUCUCCUUGAAAGCGAACUUGUUCAAUCUGUCAUUGUCGUCAAUCGGCCAGCAGCAGAUUCGGAUGGUGUUGCGGUUCUGAUCGCGUUUGUCGUGCCCUACGACAAAGCCGCUACAAAGUCGCAAGAUCUAUCAUCCUUUGCCCGGAGCAUACUUCCGCAUUACAUGGUCCCUGAUAGAUUUGAAAUCGUUGAAAAUCUUGUUGUGGACUCCAGAGGCAAGAUUGAUCGUCGUGCCUUUUCGGAGAGCCUCCCUAAAGCGGGACCAACCAUCCCCAGUUCGAUCCUCACGAAUGGGAAUGAUACCGUUUCAUCAACAAAGGCUACGCUUAAAGCUAUGUGGGAGCAUAUUCUGGGCGUCUCCCCUAUCACGGACGAUGACGACUUCAUGGCCCUUGGCGCCACCUCACUCCAAAACGCUGCUCUUAUCGCUCGCAUUAAGAAGCAUCUGGGCCGCCUCAUCUCCAUGCAUGAUUUGUACUGCCACUCGCGCUUUGAAAACUUGCUUCAUUUUCUCGAAAGCGAUGCAGAGUCCAUCACUGCACCUAAUGAUGCGGAUAAAUGGAUCAAGGACGUCGACACGGCGGAUGACAUCGAGGAGACGCCAAACUGGGAAGACCCAGACGAAGGGAGAAUAUUCUUGACUGGUGUGACAGGCUUCGUUGGUGCCUUUCUACUCGACGAGCUUCUGCGUCAUCCCAAUGUCAAACAGGUUGCUUGCCUAGUUCGUGGCCAAACAAAGGCUGAAGCUGCUCGUCGCCUUCAGGCCAAUAUGCAAAAAUACGAUCUGUGGCCUGAUGACUUUGCUUUGACUACCAAGAUCAUGGUACUGCCAGGGGAUAUCACGAGUCGAGAUCUCGGUCUGGGAUCGGCCAAGUUUGACUGGCUUUCCAAUUGGUCCAGCGCCAUCUUUCACCUCGCUGCCAAGAUCAAUUUCUGCGACUCAUAUCAUGAGCACUACGAUACCAACAUCCUCGGAACUCGCAACAUGCUACGUCUUGCUACGCGAGGGCGACGCACGACAUUUCACUACGUGUCUAGCAUCGAUACAUGGGGUCAGACAGGAUACUUUCUAGGAACCAAGAGGGUCUUGGAAGACGAACCUCUAGGUCCCCAUAUUCAAGGCGUGAGGUACGAUGUGGGCUACUCUCAGAGCCAGUGGACGGCUGAGGGAAUGGUACGACGCAUGAGAGAUCGUGGCUUUCCAAUCAUUAUUUAUCGGCCCGGCUUCAUCAUUGGCCAUUCUGUCACGGGAGCGAGCAAUCCCAACGACCUUGUUUCACGACUCAUUUCCAGCUGCAUCAAACUUGGAUCAUGGUUCAAGCUCGAUCUUGAUCCAGCGUAUGUUACAGUUGACUAUGUUGUCAAGGCUAUGUUACACAUCUCACGCUCAACAAAGAACAUCGGGAAGUCAUAUUGCCUUGUGGCGCCACAGGUUGAAGAGUCAGUGUCUGUGAACAAGACAUGCUCUCUUAUUUGCCAAGCUGGCUACAGCGUGAAGCUCAUAAAGUAUCCUGACUGGAUUGCACAAUUGUCGGAAAAGAUACUUCCCGAUGAUCCUCUUGCACCUGUCAUGCCGCUGCUAGAAGAAAAGGUCUUGGGCAACUUUACAAGACUUGAGGUGAGCCAGCACUCUCCGAUCUACGACUCUAGAAACGCUAUCAAGGCUCUUGCAGGUAGCGGUAUUCAUUAUGAUACACUGAGCCCGGAUAUAAUUAAGCGAUAUAUUGCAUUCUGGAAUAAGAAGGGCUUUUACUCUAUUUAG